CUUCGGAGUCUCGGCCCGGAACCGCAGGAGGAGAGGCUGUCUCUUGUCACUCUCCUUCCUCUUGUGAGAUUUUUUUGAUCUUCAGCUACAUUAUCAGAAACCUUAUCAUCGAAGGAAAUGGCUAGCAAUGUUACCAACAAGACAGAUCCUCGAUCUAUGAAUUCCCGUGUAUUCAUUGGGAAUCUCAAUACUCUUGUUGUCAAGAAGUCUGAUGUGGAGGCAAUUUUUUCAAAGUAUGGCAAAAUAGUGGGCUGCUCUGUGCAUAAGGGCUUUGCCUUCGUCCAAUAUGUUAAUGAAAGAAAUGCCCGGGCUGCUGUUGCUGGAGAAGAUGGCAGAAUGAUUGCUGGCCAGGUUUUAGAUAUUAAUCUGGCUGCAGAGCCAAAAGUGAACCGAGGAAAAGCAGGUGUCAAACGAUCUGCAGCGGAGAUGUACGGUUCCUCAUUUGAUUUGGACUAUGACUUUCAACGGGAUUAUUAUGACAGGAUGUACAGUUACCCAGCACGUGUCCCUCCUCCUCCUCCUAUUGCUCGAGCUGUGGUGCCUUCUAAACGCCAGCGUGUUUCCGGAAACACCUCUCGAAGGGGCAAAAGUGGAUUUAAUUCCAAGAGUGGACAACGGGGAUCUUCAUCCAAGUCUGGAAAGUUGAAAGGAGAUGACCUUCAGGCCAUUAAGAAGGAGCUGACUCAGAUAAAACAAAAAGUGGAUUCUCUGCUGGAAAGCCUGGAAAAAAUUGAAAAGGAACAAAGCAAGCAAGCAGACUUGUCCUACUCAUCCCCAGUAGAGAUGAAGAAUGAAAAGUCUGAGGAAGAACAGAGCAGUGCCUCUGUGAAGAAAGAUGAGACCAAUGUGAAGAUGGAGUCUGAGGCAGAUGCAGAUGACUCUGCUGAGGAGGGUGACCUGCUGGACGACGAUGACAAUGAAGACAGGGGGGAUGACCAGCUGGAAUUGAUCAAGGAUGAUGAAAAAGAAGCAGAGGAAGGAGAAGAUGACAGAGAUAGCGCCAAUGGGGAGGAUGACUCUUAAAGCACAUUGAGGAGUUUAGAAACUUACCCCGUUAUUCAUUUACCUAGGCGCUUGUGAGAGAUCAAAGUAACACCAGAUCCUCUUCCUAGUAUCUUCAGCACAUCCUCACUGUUCGCCCUCUCCUUAUCCUUCCUGUGUUCAUUGAUUCAUAAUUGGCUUGCGCCUAGUUCAUUUUCACUUCCUUUGAUGCUCCUUAGUAGUUUUGUUAAGUCUUACCCUGUAAGUUUGCUUUUAAUUUUGAUACCUCUUUGACUUAACAAUAAAAAGAUGUAUGGUUUUUA